CUACAGCUGUGUGUUAUCUAUUAUCAUUAUUGAUCAGUUCAUCGUACUGUAACCAUCCCACUAUAUUCAAUAGUUUUUAAUUUCCUGCAACACUCAGUAUGCCCAGUUUUUAAAAUAGCACCAAAUUUUUCCUUCAGUCACUACACUCUAACUUUAAAAAUCUCCGAAUAAAUCAUUAACAUGAGUUCAUCAGGAUCCAAGUCUCCUGCUCCACCUGCUCAACAAUUUUCAUUACUGCCUAAAAUAGUAAAUGGCGGCAUUGCUGGCAUCGUGGGCGUGUCUGUGGUAUUCCCACUGGAUCUCGUGAAGACACGACUGCAGAAUCAAAGCGUUGGGGCCAAUGGAGAAAAACAAUAUAAAAACAUGUUGGAUUGUUUCAAGAAGACGUACGCAGCAGAAGGAUAUUUCGGCAUGUACAGAGGGUCGGCUGUCAACAUUGUCCUUAUAACACCGGAGAAAGCUAUAAAACUAGCUGCCAAUGAUAUGUUUAGACAUUACCUCACGCAUUCAGAUGGUUCAUUGCCUGUGUUUCGACAAAUGUUAGCUGGUGGAAGCGCAGGAGCCUGUCAGAUCAUAAUCACGACGCCCAUGGAGCUGCUUAAAAUUCAGAUGCAAGACGCUGGACGUAUUGCAGCACAGGCCAAAGCCGAGGGUCGUACAGUUCAGCGGACGACUGCGUUGGAAUUGACACGGAAGCUGUUGCGGGAGCGCGGCGUUUUCGGGCUUUACAAGGGCGUGACAGCCACGGCGGCGCGUGACGUGUCCUUCAGUGUGGUGUACUUCCCACUGUUCGCGACACUCAACGAUCUCGGCCCGAAAGAGAAGCCCGGUGGCUCGACCGUCUUCUGGUGGUCCUUCUUGUCUGGAUGUUUGGCCGGGUCGACAGCGGCUCUGGCUGUAAACCCGAUGGACGUAGUCAAGACACGCAUGCAGACUCUCACUAAAGGCAGCGGCGAGAGACAGUAUAGCUCUAUCGUGGAUUGUAUCGUACAAACGAUGAAAUAUGAAGGUCCCACGGCGUUCUUCAAGGGCGGCAUGUGUCGUAUGAUUGUAAUAGCACCUCUAUUCGGCAUCGCGCAAACUGUCUAUUAUCUGGGUAUAGCCGAGCGGUUGUUAGGACUCAAGUAAAUCAAUCCCAGCCGCUAUUUGACAACUAUUAUCAUCGUGUUUUAUAAUUAUCUCCUUACAUUUUGUAGCAAAUUGAUUUAAUCGUAAUCAUUGUUAUGAACUUAUUAUUAUGAUAAUUUGUGAUAACACACACAAGUAUUGAAUAUGAGAAGACUACUAUCUUAAGGCCACAAUGCCUGCUAUAUAAUUUAUAAUACUACGCAAAAGUAGAUCAUAACAUUUGAUUUACAAAUAGCGAAUUUAAAGCACUGCUUAUUCACUGAGAAAUACGUGGAACUUAUUAACUGUCUAAAAUUGAGAACUAAAGCCCCGUAACUAUGGAACAUAAUAUUUAAUUCUCUAAUUUCAAUCACAAUGAUGUGAUGUAUGCAGCCUUAGCCAAUUUUUAUAAUGCCUUUAAAGUUGUCCCCAUUGGUAUAUUCUUAACAAGUGAGAAGUUAUUUAUUAAAUAUGCCUCUAGUAUCUAUUAUCCCCAAACUGCGUCACUGACUAAAUAUUAGUAACUUUCGCUUUUGGGUGGCAAGAUAACUAAUAGAUAACUUAUUAUGAAGGACUUGCAUAGUAAGAGCCUUAGCAUAAUUUCUUUUGAAUAUAAGUAGAGUGACCUAUUUUAUAAAUCAUUUUUAUCUAAUAUAUAGUCAUUUUAUUCUGUGACAAUAAUUUAUUUUUAUUUUAGUAAGGAAUUUUAUUUUUAUUAAGUAAAAAUGUUUUUAUUAUUAAUUUUAAUGUUAUAUUUUUCAUGACAUUUUACACAAAAUCGCUAACUGUCGUCAGUGUUUAUUGAAAUAGAAAGUAACAGAUAUCAAUUUAAAGCCAAUCACGAUUCUUCCCUAAUUUAUUUUUGCAUUGUUCAGUAUAAUUAUAUGAAUUAAUAAAUACAAAAAUUCUUGCGAUUAAAUAAUAUGUUUACUUGAUAAAAUUUAUUUAUAUUUUAUAAUUGAUACUAGAUAUCUUAAAAAUUAUCGUGCAUAGUCCGAGCCACUCUAAUUUCGAAAACCAAUGUGCAAUUUUAGCUUCUAAAAAUAUUAUGAAAUAAAUAAAGUCCAAGAUAGAAUUUUAAGUUUGCUUACUAUCAAAAUUAUAUUUUUAUUUAUUCAACUUUAUACCUAAACUUUUAUAUCUCAAGUAUUAUACGAAUAUGUAAUCUAAUCUAGAGCAAUUAAUUUAUAUUUAAUUUUUUACAAGUUGUAAAAAAAUGAUAACACUAAAAUAAUAGAAUGAUGGCUUAUUAUUCACCAAUGAAUAACUAAUCGUAGUUAUACUUAAAAGAAGAUAUAAUUAAUAGAAGAUGUAACUGUCGUUGCUCUUAACUAUUAAUAUUUUCUUUAACAAUAAGUUUUUAUCUGAUUUAUUAACAAACGCGUGUUCCAUUCUAAAUUAAAUUUUAAUUAUUAAUUACAUAAGCGCUCUAGGUAGAGUAGUUAUCAUUCAUUAAGUCUGCCAUAUAUUAUUUAUUUCUGUAUAAAGAAAUAUGAGUUAUGUUUAUAUUGUGUAAUAGAUAAGUCGAUUCAUAUAUUCUACAUUUAUGGUAUAGACUUUUUCUAAUAUUAUGUAAUUAUUUUGUUAUUGAAAACAGGCAUCUCUUAACUGAUACUCAACAAUUGAUUUAGCUCUGAGACAAAAUGUAAAUAAAAGAAUACAAGCUAAAUGAAGUGCUUUAAGCAAUAAUAACUGUAUGUGUUACUUUGUCUCAAUGCGAAAUGACUUGUAUAAAUACCUACUUGAUAAAACUUAAGUAUACCGAUUGCGAUGGGAGAAGGCGAGGGGAGGGGGAAUACAUUAGCACAUGAUAUGUAAUAUUUAUAUAUUAUAAGGAUCAACAUUUCCAUUAUCAAUAACCCAAAUUAAAAUGUUGUAGCGCAAUCAUUAUAAAUGAUUAUCGUCAAUGUGAGUAUUCAAAGUGAUAUUAUAUACAUACUGAAUCUUGUUAGUAGAUUUAUACAAAAUUUUGUUAUUGCUUAUUUGUUAUAUUUUUGCAAUUAUUAACGACAUGUAUGUAUGUUACUGUUGGUAUGCAGAAAUAGUUGAAAGUGUGUACUAUCUAGUCAAGUUUAUUCGUGUGUGUGAGUGGUUGGUUGAAGUUGUUUUGAAGUAGAAGACUUUUAACAGGUUUUAAGGCGAAACAAUUAAGCCAGUUAAUUAAAUUCCCAUACAUAAUUAUAAAAUAUUAGUGUAAAACUAAAAAAUAUAUAUGUAACCAUAAUAUACUUUACUCUAAAUUAGGCUAAUCAGGCUAUAAUUGAUACCACCGGAUAAGCUGUUUCCCUAUAAUUAUUCAUGUAGCUUUUUAAUCAGUAUGUAUCGGUCUUAUUAGUAUUUACAUGUUUCUACCAUUAACAGUAACAUAUAUACUUGUUCAAUGCACUGCGUCCAUUAUAUAAUUAUUUUUAUUGAAAAGACAUUUAUUACCUAAAUUAAAUAAAAUUAACAUUAUUUUAAUAUUGUUUUUGCAUAGAGCAAGCAAAAUUGCCAUUCUUUAUAAGAACAUAAUGACAAAUUUAAAACAAUAUACAAUUACGCUUAGAUUUUUUUUUAUAUUCUUAUUUAGACAUUCACAAGACUAGAGAUACUAUACUAAUAAAAUAGACUUUGUGACAUGGAAAAUUGCUCUUUAUAUAUUAAAUAUUUAUUUUUAAUAUUGUUUAUGAUAUAUAUUUACAUAUAGUGUCAAUUACUGUAUUUUUAUACUUGCAAUAUUUUGUUUAUGACGUGUAUCCUCCAGAACAAUGUUUACAUAAAAAUAAUAGGAUAGUGGAAGUAAAAUCAUAUGUUAGUACCGAUUACAAUCUCAUUCUGUCUUCCUAUAAUACAACAUAUGCAUUUAUUAUAUGCAAUGCAUAAUAUACAUUGUGUGUGCAUGAUAUACAAAAUAUUGCUGAACUUCCAUGACACAAUGAUGUUGGAACACUGCAAAAGGAACAUUAUUCCUCUUGCUCCUUAUUUCGAUAUUAGAUGUUUUAAUGCAGACUUUGUAAAAAGUCAUUUUAAUUGGUACCACAGACUCGCCUAUUACAAAACCGAAAUAUGACUUACUUUACGUACGAAUAGAAAAAAUCCCGUAUGAUCCCGUGAUUUUUCCUCACCUUGAAAAUCACGGGAUCUUACCACGUUUUAUUUAUUUUUAUCGCUAUGAUCACGGAAAAACUGUUUACCCGUACUCCGUACACGUACGUACCGGAACUCAUUUAAAAUUAAUAAAACGUGGUAUGAUCCCGUGUUUAUUCCUGAUUGUAGAUGCCUAUACAUCAAAUUAAUACAGUAUGACUUGUUUUGUAAGGUGCAUUUCGGUGGUAAGGUGAAAAAAGGUGUAGUCAUUGGGAAUGGCAACUCAUGAGCCACUUAGGCGUCACAAUAUAACGUGAUGUCCGUAGUGCUGUUUAUAUAUAUAAAUAUAUGCGACGGUCAUCACCAUCAGGUAGCUGUCAGUUUGUUUGCCAUUCCAAUUACAUAACAGUAGUAUGUGUAUAAAAUGAUUAAUACUCAAUACGUUUGUAACGUUGUUAUUGUCUAUAAUGUGUAUUCGAUGUAAGGUUUAUUUAUUCAAUUCAUUAUGGCAUAUACUGAUGCAUUCAUUGUUACAUUCUAUGUUAUUAAUAAUAGUGUAGGUAAUAAAAAGAGGCGACAUGAUAAAUCGCAUGGUUACGCAGUGUGUAUUGUUAUAUUAGGAGCUUAUAGUGAUGUGUAAUUUUUGCCCGAUUCAAGUAUAAUCCGAUGGGAAUAAAACACGUCGAAUUGGGAUGCUGGAAACUUGAUUGAAACAAUCGGCUUUAUGAAAUUACUAAAAUGACAAUAAUUACGCAAAAUAUGAGAUAUAGUUAUCAUUGUAAUUAAAUGUUAUCACUUACUGUAAUAAAUGUCAAUUCAACGAUCUC